AGAGAACUGAGGGAAAACAGUCCAGAAAAAGUAAAAAGUAAGAAGACGGGUGCAAAUCUCACAAGAAGAAACAGAAGGCUGCGAACAAGUCGAUCUUACAUCUUUUCUCCCUUUUUUUGUAAAGAGGACGAGGAGGAGGGCUUUUUCUCGAGAAGGACGAGGAAGAGCUCGUUCAAAGAGGGAGGAGAGCCCAGGUCAGUUCUGGAUAACCAGAGAAGCCCUAGCUCUCCGACGUCGACAUCAACACCAUCUUCCUCCGAUACAGCCGGUUUGGCGGCGAUCUCCAUUAACCCUGCUCAUAAAUGUCGGCCUGUUUUGGCUUCUGCGGAAGGCCAAUGGGCGCUGGAGUUGAAGCCCGCCCCGGCCCUCGGAAGUGUGGAGUGUUGGGACUCCAUGAUUUUAGAGCCACCGCUACCGCCGCCGGGAGAGCUCAGCUCGGAGCACAGUUCCGUGUGCUGGUUUAUGGCGGACCCCAACGCCGGCGCAAAGCUCGAAGGUAGUGGGAUAGGGCUUGAUAUCUUCGAUCCGGGAUUUGAUUUCCAACAGAUGGGAAGAAAUGGAGGCGAUGGUUCCUUGAUUCCCAUGAUUCCUCUUCCACCUUCUAACUUUCCAUAUUUUACUGGAUUCACUAACAGUAGCUUCAAAGCUCCGACCUUUGCAAACUCCACUUUCAUCAACAACCAGAACCCUCAUGAGAACUUUAUGCCUCAAACCUACCUGGGCGCCAUACCCAUGCAGUUGCCUAAUGAGGCUGCUUGGCAGCAGCAAGCUGUCAUUGAUCCGCUCUUUAAGGCGGCCAAGCUUUUGGAAUCUGGAAACACGAUUAGCGCCCAUAGGAUAUUGGCGCGGCUCAAUCAUCAGCUUCCCUCCCCCUCCGGGAAGCCAUUUCUCCGCACUGCGUUCUAUUUUAAGGAAGCACUCCUUGCCAUUUCAAACGGAAGCAGCGAGCAAUGCAGCUUUUCUCUAGGAUCUCCACUUGACGUCUUGCUGAAGCUGAGUGCUUACAAAGCCUUUGCUGAGAUCUCCCCUGUCCUUCUCUUCACAAGCUUUACAUCCACCCAGAUUAUUCUAGAGGAGCUUGCUGGUGCGAACGUCAUUCAUGUUAUUGAUUUUGAUGUUGGAGUUGGUAGCCAUUGGCCUGCACUUAUUCAAGAGUUGUCAGAAAGGCGUUCUGCUGUCACUGGCGCGCCAUUACAACUUCGGAUCACUGCUUUUGUGUCUGUAGCAUCUCAUCACCAGGUUGAACUUCAUCUAAUUCAUGAAAACCUUAAUCAUUUUGCCGCAGACCUUAAUGUCCCCUUUGAGCUCAAUUUCUUACCUUUUGAAUCCUUCGACCCUGCUUCAAUAAUUUUCUCUUGCUCGCCUUCUGAUGUCGCCAUUGCUGUGAAUUUUGCAUUUGGUUUUUGUCAUCAUCACCUAUCAACUCAAUCCCUUCUCUUCCUAAUCAAGCAGCUUUCUCCGAAGAUACUGAUUUCAGUCAAUCUUGGUUAUGAUAGGGGUGAUAUUUCCUUCUCCCACCAUGUCCUCCACUCCUUCCAGUCGACCACUGUUCUUCUUGACUCCAUCGAAGCAUCGGGUGUGUCCCCUGAGAUAACUGAUAGGAUCGAAAGGUACAUGCUGCGACCAAGGAUUGUGAACUCUCUGCUUGGUCGAUACAAAACUGGAGAGAAGUUGCUCCCAUGGAGGACUUUCUUUACUUCUGCUGGAUUUGUACCACUGCAAUUUAGUAACUUUGCUGAAUCACAGGCAGAUUGCCUCCUGAAGAAGGCUCAAGUUAGGGGUUUUGAGGUUGAAAAAUGCGAAGCUGCCCUGAUGCUGUCAUGGAAGCAACAAGAGAUUGCAGUAGUCUCAGCAUGGAGAUGCCAGUGAUUUUUCAUGGGAAUGUAAUCCUUUUUUGCCUCUGUGUCAUAGGAAGGUCAUUUUAGCUGUCGUAUAUAUGCUACAUGUUCAUCCUCCUCUAAAACUACAUCUAGUCUUGAACUGUUUUAGUUUCAAUUUACUUUUAAUUGUAGUUGCUGUUUUCAUGGUGUCUUGAUGUUAUGGGAUUUAUAGCUUCCUGCUCAUUUGUUUUGAACUAAGCAAUUGACCAAUGUUUUUGCAC